AUGGCACAAGCUCGUCUGCUGAGCAGGGAGGCCCACGUCAGCAUUGUCACCUUUCUGCCCGCGCAGCAUUGCUUCGAUGCAAGGGCGGUCAGUCGAGAGUGGCGGCAGCAUGUGAAAGCGCACAUUUCCAAAGUGCCUGCCUUGGAAGCCCUCUUGCGAGACAUGCAAGCAAGCGAAAAUUCGCCUUACUUCUGCUCACCAGGGCCAGAGGAUGAUGAUGCAGUACGACGGUUUGCAGAGCGACACUGUGGUUGGGAUGGCCACGGGCCCUUCGUUCCCGUCACGCAGCUGACCGGACAGGCUCUGCGGGAUUUCGUUCAUAUCAGUGGACGCAAUGUGGUCCGAGAUCUGGCCGCGGUAGAGGCUCUCAGCUCAAAACAAGACGUCGUCAGGCAUAAGAACCACCUUGACUCCUUUCGCCUCGAGUUGCCUCCCAUACCGGAUGAUGUGGGCAUGUGGAAAGCUUUGUUCUUGAUGCUGACGAUGCUGAUUGAAGAUUUCAUGUUCACGACCGUCCAUGUCGAGUUUACUACUCCUUCGGAUAACUCUACUGAUGUUCAUAUGGCGCUCUUCUGGGAGGAGCGCAAGGUCACCCGAACUUCAGCUUCGCUUGAAAGGCGCCCAUGA